GAACAUUUCGCGAUGCGAUCAUUAUUACUAGACGUCUCGGACUACAAUAUCUAUGGAUUGAUUCUUUGUGCAUUAUUCAAAACUCUUUGCAGGAUUGGCAACAAGAAUCAGCUAAGAUGGGGAAAAUCUAUUCCCACGCAUACUGCACGAUUGCAGCAGCGGCAGCAAGCAAUUGUGAAGGGGGCCUCUUUGCACUACAUAGCGAGCUACCAUUGCUUCCUCUAUCUCCUAAACAACCUGGGAUUCUUUUCAAGAGUCCUUUUCCUGGAUGGGAUAAUCUGUAUAACAAGAGCACGCUGAUUCAAAGAAGCUGGACCCUACAGGAGCGUGAACUUUCACCUAGAAUUUUACACUUCACUAAACACACCUUGCUCUUUGAGUGCCGAGAGGCUCGUAUAUCCGAUCACACUCAUGGAUCGAAUAGCAACAAAUGGGCUUUGAAAUCCAGUUUAUCACGAUAUAUCUUGAACUCAAGUAUAAGGUGUCUCGACAAGAUCCACGAGAGUGGCGGCACCACACCGCACCACGAUAUGGUAACUGAAAAGUAUUAUGAACUGUGGCGAAAGAUGGUGCAGGAUUACAACAACCGUAAACUCACGCAUCGUUCCGACAAGUUCCCUGCACUUUCUGGUCUCGCUCUUGAAUUUGCAUACCUUUUGGAUGAUGAAUAUGUAGCUGGAUUGUGGAAAAAGGAUCUUAUCAGAGGCUUAUGUUGGAAAUGGUUGUCAAAUCGUGCGAGGUUGCAAAGUACGCAUAAUUAUGGACCGUCAUGGUCUUGGGCCAAGAUGAACGUCCCGAUAACAUAUGGUCUUCUAAGAGAAGACCGGGUCUUCGAAUCAAGGCCCAACAAAGGAAAAUUUGUUCAUAUACCAGUAGACUCACGAAUUACCGAUCCGGAAAUUUUGCAUAUUAGUAUUGUUCCCGAGGGGGAAGACCCUCGUGGCACUCUUGUCUCAGGGCGAAUAUAUCUUCGCGGACAAAUUGUUCAAUUGCAGCGAUCUAAAACUGGUGAUUAUUCUAUGGAUCUGGAAUCAUUACCAAUUAUAUUUGACCAUUUACCCCAACCACCAGUAGACCUUUACCUAUUGAGCUUAGGGCGGACAAAUGUAGGGCUGGUCCUGCAGGUAUUUGAAGAGAGUAGUAAGGAAUACAGUCGAGUAGGGGUAAUUGCUCCUACGGAAUGGGAAUGGUUCAAAGAUAUUCAAUUCGAAAAUAUAACACUUGUCUGAAUCUUCGAAGGCAUACGGUCCUUGACCAAUGGUUCUUCUGUGAGGAUUCAAAGACCAUGAGCCCAGAUAUCGAUUGGAUAGUUCCACCUCACAGGAAGACCUGGAGAGUAAGGAGAGUCAGAGGAUAAAUCUUUGAAAGUGCA